UCCACCUCGAACAUCUCUCCUCUCUAUUCUCUCUCCUCUUCUAUUUCUUUCUCUGAACAAACAAAUCUAUGAAAUGAAUUCUUGUUCGUCUUCAUUAACAUCGUCGUCGUCAUCAUCAUCAUCAACUUUUCCUCCUCAAUCUCUCUUCUUAAAUUUCUUCCUAAAUUCUCUCUCGUCAACUUCAAAAUCACAAGUACCCAAUUAGCAACAGACAAACAUCACUCUACAGUUACAGAAUCUUACAGUAUUACAGAGUAAAGAGAGAUAGAUAUAGAGAGAGAAAGUACUGAGAAAAAAAGGUCUGUUUUUUUUCUUUUUGUUCUGUCAAAUUAUGAGAGAAGAAGAAGCAAAUUGGUUUCCGAGAUGGGAAGAAGAAUUACCAUCACCAGAAGAACUCAUGCCUCUUUCACAAACCCUAAUUACACCAGACUUAGCCUUAGCUUUUGACAUUAGAAACCCUAAUUCAAGUCCCCAACAACAGCAACAACAACAAAAUCAAUCACCAAUUCCUAUUUCACCCGGUCAAUUAGGAGGAGGGGGUGGUGGUUCUAUACCUUCACCUCCAUGUCAACCUCACUCUUCCGAGUUUGAAUCAGCUGAGUUAGGAUCUGGUAAUCUUGGUGAUGAACCAGCUAGAACACUUAAAAGACCUAGACUUGUUUGGACACCACAGCUUCAUAAACGAUUUGUUGAUGCAGUGGCACAUCUGGGUAUCAAAAAUGCUGUCCCUAAAACUAUAAUGCAGUUGAUGAGUGUGGAUGGGUUGACUCGGGAGAAUGUGGCGAGUCAUUUACAAAAGUACAGACUUUAUCUCAAAAGGAUGCAAGGAUUAUCAGCUGGUGGUGCUGGAAAUGGAGGUGGUCCUUUAUCAGCUGCUGAUGCUGCUACUGAUCAUUUAUUUGCUUCUGCUCCUGUGCCCCACCAUUUUUUACAUCCUGGUCGUCCAGCCCCCGGUGAUCAUUACUUACCCUUUGUCCCGGUGUUACACCAUCAACAACAGAUGGCUGCCGCAGCGGUUAUAGCAGCACAGCAGCAGCAACAACAGCAGCAGCAAUAUCAUCACAGGCAAGUGGGUCAAUUUGGGUCAGCACCAGGUGGGCAAUUUGAACAUGGAUUUUUGACUCGGCAGCUACCAUCACAGCAGCCACCACCACAACCAAUUCAUAGGAUGGGAGGUCCAGUUUCUGCUCAAACUCCCAAUUAUGUUGAAGAUUUGGAAUCUGCAACAGCAGGAGGAGGGAGGAAAGUUCUGACUCUUUUUCCCACCGGAUACGAUUAAAAGUUCGGUAAUAAAUUGCUCCUCUGUUUUAAUCUCUUCUCUAAUUGGUUAUUCUGGAAAGUGGUGUUAGAGGAAAUUUCUAUAAUUUUGAGGAAAUUGGGUUCGGUGUGAACUAGGCCUGGGUAUGCAGUUGUAGUUGUAGUUCUUGUUCUAGUGUAAUGUCAAUGAAAUUUGUAGACAUUAGAGGCAUCAUGGUGCCAUCAAACUUCCUUCUCCAGAUCCCGAAUUUCCUUGUAUCCCCUUGUUUCUUAGUCAACUCCGGGUGAUCUUAAUCUAUAGUUUCAUAGUCCUUGGUUUUCAUGUAUUGUAAUUACAAAUCUUCAGUAUAAGUCAGGCUUCUGCUCUUUGCUCCGCGUAGCUGAUAUAUAUUGGUCAUGAUGUUACAUGGAGUUACAUGGUGUCUGAAGCUCGGUAAUCACAAGUAAAUUUGUUCAGUACCAUGGUUGUUCUUGAAACACAAGUGGUCUUCUAGUUGGGUUGUUUUCAUAGUGUUGUAAUGGAGGUUACAGCAAAAACUUUCCUGUUUGAGCUUAUGAUGGUUGGAUAGGUAGUAGCUUUGAGUGUCUCCAGUUUCCAGAAUGGGGUAUAUAUUCGCCUGACACAUUCAUAGGCCAGAUAUGAGCGGGUUUCUUUGUGCCCUUAUGUAAAGGAGAGGAAUUUGAAUCGUGGAGUUGGUAAAACUUGCUGUAAAUUGUGUCAUAUCUCUAUUUGAAUAGUAGGGAGCAAGGAAGCCUCCGAUAUUAGGAAAAGCUCAUGAUCGAGUUCCAGUGUCAUCGAAGUAUUUAAAUGCUUUAAAAUGUUGAAAUGUAACUGAAUGUUCUGAAAUUUAUCAGUAAUCCAAUACAUCUUAUUUAUCAAUCUUCUUA